AAAUUUUAUGGAACUAACAGUUAUCUUCACAUUGAAGUCUUCUAAAGUUCCAAAAUCAUUCAAAAUGUUCAAAAUUGCUGUUGUUAUCCUUGCCGUUAUUGCCAGUGCUGUUGCCAAGCCUGGUUUGAUUGGUGCUCCUUUGGCCUAUACAGCCCCUGCUGCUGUAGUUGCUGCUGCUCCAGCUCCUUUUGUCACAGCCACCAGUAGUCAAGUGAUUGCCCGCAAUUACAAUGGCAUUGCCACUGCUCCUGUAGUUGCCCCCGUUGCUGCACCCGUUCUAGCAAAAACCAUUCCCGCUCCAGUUGCUACUGCUUUCACAGCUCCUGUUGCUGCUGCCUACACUGCUCCUUUGGCCUACAAUGCACCAUUAGCAUACUCUGCUCCCUUGGCCUAUGCUGCAGCCCAUGCUCAUCCAUUCUUAUUGUAGACCAUCUUAUUAUCAAGUAAUCGGAU